AUGGCCAAAACACAAAUAAACCAAUUUUGGAUAUGGAUCCUUUCAUCUACUGCAAUCAUUGGAGUCCUGCUUAUAGCCUUUCCUGCGCUGCAUUCUCUCUCAGCAGCUUCUCCUCCAAGCCCAUCAAAAUCCACAAAUAACGACGGAACAAAAGAAGCACACAAUACUAUCUACAAUCCUGGCGACAGUGUUUUGCAAGGGGCCAGAUCAUCCAACGAUAGGCCAAAUUUUCUCUUUGAGUUCCUCGAGCGCCAUGAUAUCGAGUCGCUGGAUAGCGCGGCUGAUGAAGCAUGGGAUCAAGCAAUGAGCACUCCCCUCGGUGGCUUUCUCUUGGUUAAGCACAAUGAGACGUAUAACCUGGGCUGGGGCGUCAGCAUGUUUCACAGUGUCCACUGCUUAAGAAUGCUGCGCGCUACGAUGCAGAAUUACUUUGGUCUUGCUGCAGAAAAUACUGGCCAUGGAACACAUACGCAUGGCGGACGCGAUGGUGCGACCCUGAAAGUGGAUGAGAGAACGCAUGUUGAGCAUUGCUUGGGCUAUAUUGGUCGAGCUUUGCUAUGCAAUGGAGAUGACACUCUGGAGCCACCAUUUACGAAAAAAGACGCAGAUGGUAAUAUCCUCCUAAGCGCGGUCAAUGGACAGGGCCAUCAGCAUUCUUGCCGUGACUCAACGCUGGCUUGGCAAACUGUGUUUGCAUCCGAGGAGGAUCCCGUAGAACCUUUCGAAUGGUCUGCCGGAGAUACAGUUCGUAGUGUAUUCGGGAAAAAAUAG